AUGCCAACUAAACCUGUCACUGCUAAUAAAAUAAAGAAAAAGAAAAAUAACAACAUUAAUCAUUUGCCACAUACAAAUUCAAAACUUCCUCAUGUAGGAGCUUUUAUAUUAGUUAAAACUAAACGACGAGAAAUAAUAAAGACAGGACUACUACCACCUGUACCUGCUAAUCAUUCCAUUGGUUUUAGAGAUAAAAAACGGAAGAAGAACAGAAAAAAAUCUCGAUUAAUUCAAAGAUUACUUUCAUUAUCCUUCAUCGUUUAUUUGGGAUAUUAUUUCUUUUAUGGUUGUGAACCCCUUCCAUCCGAUGAUAAUAACAAAAAUCUUCUAAAGCCAGUUAUUUGUAAAGGUAUCGAUCCUAUUAAAGCUGAUAUCUACCAGUCCAAAUUUUAUAAAGAAAAUAUGAAUCCUACUAUUAUACAAGCGUCAAAUUGGUUUCAACAGCAAUAUCAUAAUCAAGUCGCUCUCCAAAAAGUAGUGAAAAAAAUAGAUUACUAUUACAUUCAACAUGCUAAAUCUCUAGUGCAUCAAAUGGUAACUAAAGUUCAUUAUUAUGCUGAUCAAGUGAUGAAAAUAAUUGUACCUGUAAUCCAGCCUUAUACUGAACAACUUAAAUUAUCUACUCAACAUAUCGAGGAUUACAUACAACAAGCUAUUGAGAAGCAGCAUUUAAUGUCUAAGGUUCAAGAAACACUUGUUUAUCUUUUAGAGGAACAAGUUCCUCCACCUGUUAAGAAGGCUCUAAAACAAAACUAUUAUAUUGUAUUAGAAUGGAUUGAUAAAGCGGAAAAUACAGAUAUAAGGACCUUUCUUGCCUAUUUGGAACAUACUAUUACUAAUUUCUAUCAGCAGCAAUUAAUACCUCAUUAUAUUAACCCCUUCAGAAAAGAAAUGAAAAGACACUAUGAUGAGCUACAUUUAAGAGAAUUUAUGGAUAAACAUAUCAUACCUGCCUUUCAAAAAAUAUAUGACUGUGCUGCUCCUUAUUAUGAUGUUCUUUAUGAACAAAUAAGGCUGUAUUUACCACCAUUAUCUAUUCAACAAAAAUCAUUACAAAAGUCAUCUUCUUCUCCUUUAAAAAGCUUGCAAACUUCAACAAUAUCAACACUACCUCAACUCAAGCCGUCCAUAAUAGAAACUUUAGUAACUCCUUCGACGAUUCCUGUAGCCUUAUCUAAACAAGUAUCAUCAACGAAUCCCGCUUAUUCUUCACCCACUCUUUCCUCUACAAUAAUAGAUUCAAACAUUGAAAGUGAAAAAGGGACUACUUUUGCAUCAUCGUCUCAACAUCAUCCAGAGGCUACUAUCAAUAAAUACAAUGCUAAACAUCAUAGGACGGAUGAUUCAGAUAUAAUAACUCGAAGCUCUAAUAAUAAUAAGAAGACUACUUUAUCUUCAAUUAACUCAAGUGACACUCCUAAAGCAGAUUAUCAAUACAUUCAUCUCUCUCCUCCUGAUCCAAAUGAAAAAGAGGUCAUCUACUGUCCUACUUGUAAUCCAGUUGAAGAGCAAAUAAUGAUUGCCGUCCCUGAGUCAGAGAAAGAAAUGAGACCUUUAGUGGUGAAUGAUGAUGAUGAAAAAGAGGUAUUCAAGUUAAAUAAAGGUGAUGGUCAGCUUACAAACGUUGUUAACGUGGAUAAAGAAGUCCAACAACUUGUUGAUAAAAAGGAAGUGUUUGAGGUUCAUCGUGAACAGAAAGUGAUAGUUCCUCCUCAAUCACCGAUUAAGCAAAAGGUAGAAAAGGAAGAAGACACUUUACCAUUCAUGACUAAAAUUAAAAAUCAAGUUAACAAUGAAGAAGAAUUAAAGACAUUGACAGCAAAUAAUGUAGUAGCUGAAGAAUCUAUAAGGGACUCCCCAGAUGAUAAGCAAGAAAAUAAAGAACCUAUCAUGAUUGAAGCUGUCGUUGGAAAGAAUAAUCUCAAAAUCCGUCUUCCUGUUGAAGAAGAAGGCAGCAAUUUUGAUGAAGAAACCAUUCUCGAUCAUAAGAUAUCAGAUACUGAAGAAGGAAAAGAAGAAGAAGAAGGAGGAGAAGAAGAAGAAAAUAAAGCGCCUAUCAUACCUGAUGAUGAAAGCCAAUUCAUUAUUAUAAAAGAGGAUAACGAAGAUGUUAAACCAACUAUUAACAAAGAUGGAUUAAAUUAUGAUCAAGUAGAAAAGAUAUUGACCUAA